AUGGCGACUGCCGCCCCGUCCACCCUCUCCCCAAACGCCCAGGGAUUCGAGCCCCGCACCGACGCCAAGAAGCUCAACAAGGUCCUCAUUGCUAACCGCGGUGAGAUCGCCUGCCGCGUGAUCAAGACCGCGCGCAAGCUCGGCGUCAAGACCGUCGCCGUCUACUCGGACGCGGACAAGGACUGCCUGCACGUCGAGAUGGCCGACGAGGCGUACCACAUCGGCCCUGCGCCCGCUGCCGAGUCCUACCUUGUCGCCGAGAAGCUUCUGCAGGUCGCCGCUGCGUCGGGCGCCGACGGCAUCCACCCCGGCUACGGUUUCCUGUCCGAGUCGCCCGCAUUCGCCGCAGCCGUCGGCAAGGCCGGCAUUGCGUUCAUCGGCCCCCCUGCCGAGGCGAUCCGCGCGAUGGGCUCGAAGCGCGAGUCCAAGGAGAUCAUGGUCGCCGCCGGCGUGCCCUGUGUCCCCGGCUACCACGGCGCCAACCAGGACGAGGACGUGCUCGUCAAGGCUGCGAGUGACGUCGGCUUCCCCCUCCUCAUCAAGCCCACCCACGGCGGCGGUGGCAAGGGUAUGCGUGUCGUGCGCAAGCUCGACGACUUUGUCGAGGAGCUGCGCUCGGCCAAGCGUGAGGCUGCCAAGUCGUUCGGCAACGACGAGGUGUUGCUCGAGCGCUGGCUUGAGCGCCCCCGCCACAUCGAGGUCCAGGUCUUCGCCGACUCGCAGGGCAACUGCGUGAGCCUGUGGGAGCGUGACUGCUCGGUGCAGCGCCGUCACCAGAAGAUCAUCGAGGAGGCGCCUGCCCCCGGUCUUUCCGCCGCGAUCAAGAAGGACCUCGCUGACAAGGCCGUCGCCGCCGCCAAGGCCGUCAACUACGUCGGUGCCGGCACGGUCGAGUUCAUCAUGGACGCCGACUCGGGCGAGUUCUUCUUCAUGGAGAUGAACACGCGUCUGCAGGUCGAGCACCCCGUGACCGAGGAGGUGACUGGUGUCGACCUUGUGCAGUGGCAGCUGUCGGUUGCGGCCGGCAACCCGCUCCCCGUGACGCAGGACGACAUCCCGUGCAUCGGGCACGCGUUCGAGGCGCGCAUCUACGCCGAGCGCCCCGAGGCCAACUUCCUGCCGGACGCCGGGCGGCUGAUCCACACCGCGGCGCCGCGCGACGCCCCGCACCGCCUCGACACGGGCUUCCGCGAGGGCGACGACGUCUCGUCCUACUAUGACCCGAUGAUCGCCAAGCUCAUCGUGCACGGCCGCGACCGCAACGAGGCGCUCGCGCUCCUCCGCUCCGCGCUGGACCAGUACCAAGUCGUGGGGCCGAGCACCAACGUCGAGUUCCUGCGCACGGUCGCGUCGCACCCGACCUUCGCGGCGGGCCCCGUCGAGACCAACUUCAUCGAGCAGCACCACGCCGAGCUCUUCCCGCCCAAGAAGGUGCCGGCUGAGAUUCUCGCGCAGGCCGCGCUCAGCAUCGCGCACCACGAGCCGGGGGCCGGCGCGUGGGCCGCCCUCCCCGGCCGCCGCUUCAGCGACGUCAACGAGCACACGUACCACUUUGACGAGGGCGAGGUCGUGGUCCGCCAGAACCCGGACAGGAGCUACGACCUCUCCGUCGUGGUCGGCGACCACGCGGACGCGCACAAGGCCGAGGACCAGGGCGAGGCUGUGCGCCUGCACGCGCGCGCGACGCGGACGGGCCCCAACGACCUCGUCGUGCAGUUCGGCAACUCGCGCGCCGAGGCGACGAUCAUCCCCCACGGCCCCAAGCUGGUCGUGUUCACGCCCGAGGGGUCGCACACGCUGCGCCGCCGCGGCGCCGAGGUCGAGGCCGAGGGCGAGGGCGGCGCCGCCGCAGACGCACUCGUCUCCCCCAUGCCCGCGACGGUCAUCGACGUGCGCGUCAAGCCCGGAGACAAGGUCACCGAGGGGCAGGUGUGUGCCGUCCUCGAGUCGAUGAAGAUGGAGAUCAACAUCCGUGCCGAGCGCGACGGUGUGAUCGCCGCUGUCAGCGCCGAGAAGGGCCAGGCCGUCGAGGAGGGCGCGGUCCUCGUCGCGCUGGAGCCGGCGGAGGCGGAGGCGAAGUAG